AUGCCUCAUCCCAAAUUAUGUUACAAUGCUAAGUUGGACUAUAGCUUUACAGAACCUCCUUCUUAUAAGGUUGCUUCCCAGUACCCUAAGUGGUGUAAGGCUAUGGAUGCUGAGUUCCAAGCAUUGCAAAGGCAGCAAACAUGGUCUUUGGUUCCUGCACCUCCUAAUGUUAAUCUAGUUGGGUGUAAAUGGGUUUAUAAGUUGAAGUUGAAUAGUGAUGGCUCUAUCUCAAGGUACAAAGCCAGAUUAGUGGCCAAAGGCUUUCAUCAACAGGCAAGAAUUGACUUUCAUGAAACUUUUAGUCCUGUCAUCAAGCCUGCAACUAUGAGGUUUAUUUUAGCUAUUGCUAUUAGUUGCAAUUGGAGUUUGAGGCAGCUUGAUUUCUCAAAUGCAUUUUUACAUGGAUACCUUAAGGAGGAUGUUUAUAUGCAGUAA